ACGGCAACCAGUUCCGCCCGAACCACGGGGCGUCUCCAUCCAAGAUGAGGGCGGUGUUUGCAAGACGGGCUGGUCAGGGUUCCAGAGCCCGGAACAGAGCGGCGGAGACCGCGGCCGCACCGGCAGGAUGGGAAGGGUACGAAGGUGGAACACGCAGGUCAUUCAUACAGGUCUUCUGCUAACGUAUAUCCUGUCCACAGCUGGAGCUGUACCUAUAGACACAGAUAAAACCAAAGUGAAGGUGGAAGCUACUGAGGAGGGGCAAAAGCCUCAAUCUUCUGACACGGGACUUUACUAUGACCGUUACCUCCGGGAGGUGGUAGAAGCCCUGGAAACCGACGAACAUUUCAGAGAGAAGAUUCAGGCCGCAGAUAUCGAGGACAUUAAGAGCGGGAAGAUCAGUAAGGAGUUGGACCUGGUUGGGCACCAUAUCCGGACCAGGCUGGACGAGCUAAAGCGGCAGGAGGUGGCACGGCUACGGAUGCUGAUUAAGGCAAAACUCAGUUCUCCUGACAGUGAAGGCAUAGACCGUCGGUUACUCCUGCAACAGUUCAACCAUCUCAAUCACAUGAACCCUGACUCGUUUGAACCCCAGGACCUGGACAUGCUGAUCAAAGCGGCAACAAAAGACUUGGAGAACUACGACAAGGAGCGUCACGAUGAGUUCAAACGAUAUGAAAUGUUGAAGGAACACGAGAGAAGAGAAUACCUGAAGAGCCUGGACGAGGAGAAGAGGAAAGAGGAGGAGGCCAGAUACGAGGAGAUGAAGAAAAAGCACAAAGAGCAUCCGAAAAUUAACCACCCCGGCAGCAAGGACCAGCUGAAGGAAGUGUGGGAAGAGUCCGAUGGGCUGGAUCCCUCUGAGUUUGACCCAAAGACUUUCUUUAAGCUGCACGAUUAUAAUGGAGAUGGCUUUAUCGAUGAGCAGGAAUUGGAAGCUCUAUUUACUAAGGAGCUGGAAAAAGCUUAUGACCCCAAAAAUGAGGAGGACGAUAUGGUGGAGAUGGAGGAAGAAAGGUUACGGAUGAGGGAGCAUGUUAUGAAUGAGGUGGAUGUGAAUAAGGAUCGUUUGAUAAACCUGGAAGAGUUCCUAAGAGCUGCAGAGAAAAGAGAAUUCCUGGAGCCAGAGGGCUGGGAGACCGUGGACGAGCAGCAGCUGUACACCGAGGGGGAGCUGCAGGAGUUUGAGAAACACAUUUCCCAGACAGAAGAUGAACUGAACAGGAAGAAGCAGGAGCUGUACAGACAGCAAGAGGAGCUCCAGAAGCAGCACGAGUACAUCCAGGCCCAGAAACAGGAGCUGCAGCAGGUCGUACAACAGAUGGAACAGAAGAAAAUGCAGCAGUUGGACCCCCACUCAGUCCCUGACACCAGUUCUCUUUUCCAGCCAGCUGGCGACCAAGUAGCCCAUUUGUCAUCUCCAGAAGUCGGACACUCUCUGCCCCCAGGACAUUUACCGGAUGCCGGAGUGCCACACAGCCAGUAAACGCCAUUGAACCCACAGUAGACGAUUCGCCCAUAAACUGACAUAACGUCCAAAUCUGUGCACUACUGAAGGAUCCGUCUACAAACUUUUCCUCGUCAGCCGGAACCCUCCCACGUUCCUGGCUAUAUUGCUACUAUUUACCCACAGCCCGUGUCCCAGUCUGUACCCGAGACCAACCUGCAGAAUAAAACCAGACUCUUUUCUGUGUAUAGUUUCUAAGAGAUGUUGCAUUUGUAUCACUGUGUAGUGAGGGUGGGAAUAAAAGUAUUUGGUCAUGAAA